AUGUCUAAUACGAGUAGCGAUGCCUUGUCAGCAUCCACAUCCUCCUUCGUCACUUCCCUAGUCACCAACACGGCUAUAGCGGGAGGUGAAUUGGUGGCGUUCAUUAUUUUUAGACGAUGGAUCAAAGCUAUCUAUGAACCACGAACUUACAUUCCACCUAAAGACAGUCAAGCUCCUGUUUUGGGCAAGAGCAUCUUCAGUCCAUUAUGGCGUAUAGUAAUGGCCGACCCCGAAGAGAUCCUUCAUAAGAACGGAGUAGAUCCCUACGUCUUCGUCCGAUUCCUGAUCAUGAUGUCCAAAGCGAUGGUACCCAUCUGGUUGAUAUCUUGGUUGAUCCUCUUACCUGUGGACUCAGCACAUUCGACAAAUGGUUCGAAAGAUGGUUUGGAUAGGUUCACUUUUGGAAAUGUGGCGAAGGAUAAACAGAGCAGAUAUUGGGCGCAUCUGAUUCUUGAUUACUGUUUUAUCUUCUGGUUUUUAUGGCUCAUCUGGGGUGAAAUGCAGCAUUGGCUGGUAGUCCGACAACGACAUCUGAUCAACCCUAGUCAUUCCAAGCUUGCUCAAGCAAACACCGUCUUGGUCACAGGUAUUCCUAAGCACUAUCUGGAUGAAGAGAAAUUAGAACAGCUUUUCCAGCAUCUACCAGGAGGUGUCAAGAGAAUCUGGUUGAAUAGAAACCUCAAGGACAUGCCAGAUUUACACGAUCGUCGAGUGUUCGCUACCAACAAACUUGAGUCCGCUCAAGUAGAUCUCAUCAAAUUCGCCAGGAAAUGGAAGAUACAGAGAGAAGGAAAAGUCGAAAAAUUGGAGCAUAAACAUAAACAGGUACCACCUACACUCACCGGACCCAACAAUCCUCAACUUCUACCUGGACAAGAAGGUCAGACACCGGCCGGACCAACUGGACCACCUAGAGUUGUUCAUCCGGAUCCUGAAAGGGGAGAUGACAGAGAACCACCUUUCCCCUCGAUCGAAGAAUUGGGUAGAGCAGAUCAACUUGUACCCCGAAACAAACGACCUACAUAUAGGAUCAAACCGAAAUGGGCGCCUUUUGGUCUAGGGUUCUUGGGGAUCGGUAAGAAGGUAGAUGCAAUUGAUUGGGCAAGAAAGGAAAUUCAGUAUACUACGACUGAAUUAGAGAAAGGUAGAGAACUUUUAGAACAGGAUAUUAGUAGUCCCGGUACGAGCGCGGAUCAUUAUCCGCCUCUGAGUUCGGCUUUCAUACAUUUUAAUCAACAGAUUGCGGCUCAUAUGGCUGCUCAGUGUCUGACUCAUAAUCAACCAUACACCAUGGCAGCCAGAUAUACGGAACAAUCCCCUGCGAAUGUGAUAUGGAGGAAUCUGAGUUUGAACCCUUACGAACACAAAGUUAGGCAAGCGUUAUCUUGGGCUGCUACUGUUGGUAUGAUUAUCGCUUGGGCCACUCCUGUCGCAUUCGUUGGUGUUUUAUCGAAUAUCAAAACCCUGACUGAACACUUCAAAUGGCUGAGCUGGAUCAACGGUGAUGGAUUUGGCAAGACCCUUCUUCAAGGUGUCAUCAGUGGUAUCUUGCCUCCGGUAUUGUUGGCUGUAUUGAUGGCCUUAUUACCGAUUAUUUUGAGGCAAUUGCUGGCAUUUGAAGGUAUCCCAAGUAAGACAGGUGUCGAAUUGAGCUUGAUGACUAGAUACUUCAUCUUCCUCGUCAUCCACACAUUCAUCGUUGUCACCUUGACUUCCGGUCUGAUCAGUUCAGCUCAGGAGUUUAUUAAUAACCCUGGGUCAAUCGCAACGACUUUAGCUUCUCAGAUGCCUACUGCGUCGACAUUCUUCAUCACACUCGUUCUAACCCAAUUCACCGGGACUAUGGGCACUCUCCUGCAGAUCGUUUCCCUUGUGUUGUAUUACGUUAAGAUCAUUCUUUUCGGUGGUUCUCCACGUUCCGUAUAUCGAUCAAGAUACAAGCUGAACACCCAGAAAUGGGGUACCACUUUCCCUGCUAUCACAGUGUAUGCUGUUAUCAUGAUUGCCUACUGCAUCAUCUCACCGAUCAUCAACGGUUUCGGCGCGGCAUUCUUCCUUUUCGCUUACCUCGUGUACAAAUACCUUUUCAUCUGGGCAUACGAUCAACCUCCCGAAACCGACACCGGAGGAUUGUUCUUCCCUAAAGCUAUUACACACUUGUUUGUGGGCAUGUACAUCCAAGAAGUUUCCAUGGCGGCUCUGUUCUUCCUCGCGAGGGAUAAUAACGGGAACGCAAAGGCUAUUCCGCAAGGUGCUUUGAUGAUUGUGUUGAUCGCUAUCACAAUCGCAUUCCAUUUUACUCUCAUCAAUUCUUACGGUCCCCUCAUCCACUCUCUCCCCCUAUCACUCGCUCACCUCAGUUUUGGUAUGCCCUCUGAGAAGGGUCACGAACAAAGUAUCAUUGGUGAAGAUUAUGCGGAUGAUGCGCCUAGAACCAAUCAAGAUACAGGUUUCAACUCAUCGAAAGAACGGUUGACGAUCGGUGCAGCAGGACAAGGAAUGAAUGACGAGCCCAUCACACCUUCUUCGUCUAAUGAUACACCCACAAAGGGGCAGAACGAGAAGAGCGUAGAAGAAAGAGAGAGGAUGCAAGAAGUCAAUGACGGGUUGGAACCGCCUACACAAAGGGAUUUCGCAUAUGCAGCUAAUGGUGAUGAUGUGGAAUUGGGUAUAAGUCAUUCCUAUGAGAAUCAUCGAGAAGAAGAAGAAACAUUAUCAUCGCCUACUGCACCUGGACCACCCGUUACGGAAAUCCCUCAAAGUAAUGGUAGACCAAGUUCAUUGAGAUCUAGAAAAUCGACCAAAUCCACUAAAUCAAGUUCGGAAGAAACGGUUUAUUUCGCUGUUCCUGGUGGACCGGGAGUUAUCAAUCGAAAGAAAUACCUGGAUGAUGGUAAUGAUCCUAAGGCGUUCUUCCAUCCUGCUACGAAGGAACCCCAGAGGAUCAUAUGGUUACCUGAAGAUCAACUUGGAUUAUGUGUGGCGGAGAUUGAGAGGAAUGAAAAAGAGGGAAUCAAAAGUAGUUCAAAGAAUGCUUGGUUGAAUGAAAAGGGCAAGGUACAGAUAUCUGGACCGCCACCAGAUGAUGUUUGA